AUGUCAGAACCAAAUAUUGAAGGUGCGGUUUUUAGACCUUCAACUUUAGGGAUUUAUCUAUUAAAAAAAGUAGCAAAAAAGUUUCCACAGACAAGGUUAUUAGAAGUUCCUCUAAAAAAGUUGGUUCUGUUGAGAAUAGAGGUGACGGAUCGAUGGGAAAAGGAAUACUACAGUCGUUUGAAUGACGCUACUUUCGCCUUCGUAAAAAAAAACUUCGUGGAAAAACAGGAAUAUCGCAUCUUGAUCAAACAUUGUUUUUUGAUGGGAAAAACUUCUGAACAAUCAUUGCAAUGGUUGCAGAAAUGUUAUCCCACAUCUGCUCCUUCGAGAACAACAGUUUAUCGGUGGUUUAGUGAAUUUAAAAUGGGUCGUACAAGCACCGAAGACGCACCUCGUUCUGGAAGGCCAAAAGAGGCUACGAAUGCGGAAAUCGUAAAGCAAGUGCAUCGAAUCGUUUUGAGUGAUCGUAAAGUGAAGUUGCGCGAGUUAGCUGAGGUCGUGGGCAUCUCAAAAGAACGGGCGGGAUACAUUUUGCACGAUCUUUUGGAGAUGAAAAAGCUAUCGGCGCGAUGGGUGCCGCGUUUGCUGACCGUCGACCAAAAACAGCAGCGCGUUGAUGAUUCAACGGCCGCGAUGGCCAAAUUGGACCAAUUACGAUUCGAAUUGGUUGCUCACCCACCAUAUUCUCCAGACUUGGUCCCCAGCGACUAUUAUCUGUUCCCAAAUCUCAAGCGGUGGCUCCAGGGAAAGAGAUUCAGAUCGAAUGAGGAAGUCAUCGCGGAAACCGAGGCGUAUUUCGAAGGCUUGGAUGUUUCGUACUACAGAAAGAGUAUCGAAAUGUUGGAAAAUCGCUAUACCAAGUGUAUCGCCCUUGAAGGCAAUUAUGUUGAGGAAUAA